AGUCACUCUCCAUGACAGCAAGGAGACCAGAGCCACAAUGAAGUCUCUCCGAUUCAUUAGUGCCGAAGCAUUCGUGUCAAAUGCAGAAUUUGCCAGGAAGAGUCUCCGCGGUGUUGCCCAUAAUCUUUUUCCUCUUCUUUUUAAAGCCAGCUAUUUACUGGAGCAAGGGGAAGUGAUUCAUGACUUGGUAGAGAACUGGCCACUUGUUGACUUUAACAUGGGAAAACUCUUGGGAACUACUGUGGACUGCCAGGAAGACCUGAGCCAUAGAACAUGCUCAGUGUGCUUGGAAAGCUGUCUGACAGGGCUGAGAGACUAUGUGCUGAAUCAUCCUUCUCCCUACGUGAAAAGAUUGAAAGUGGUCGACCUGACCGGUAUAAAAGAUGUUGAAGUUCAGUUUUGUGAGUGUAAGAAGACAAUGGGCAGGUGGGCCAGGACCCAGCUGCUCUCUAAGCUUUGUUUAGAACUGCUGGUUUACCUGCAACAAACACAGUGCAAUCCAGGUACCUUUGAAAUCAGUAUUGAUGUGCUAAUUGACUUGUUUGUUACAGAGCGGAACUAUGAGCUGGUAGCACAGGCCCUGUUGAAGAAAUGCUAUUGCCCACUGAAGAUCUGCUGCGUGGCAUUCAGAUCUGACAACCUGGCUUUGCAGAAAUUCUUCUAUAUCAUAAAGCUCACUGAUCCCUCGCUGCUGCGCAAACUGGAAAUAGUUCACAAUGUUCGCUUGGAAAUGGAGCACUUGGAAAUACUCUUCAACAGUAUGCACUUCCCUCUACUGAUGUCCUUGACCUUGCCAGCACGAACAUUUAAUGUGCGGAGGUUCACAGCUACAGAUGAACGGAUGCUUACUAACAUUGGAGAAAAGAUGGGUGAAAUGACGCAGCUCACCGAGCUGAGUAUUUCAUUUUCUAUACUCACAGGAAGAAUACAGAAACUGCUCAGCCCACUAAAAACUCCACUGAAGAUGCUGGAUGUUUCUAACUGCUCACUGAACCAUGCUGAUAUGGCCUAUUUAGCCAAUAGCUUCCAUGCUAAUCACUUAGAAGCCCUGGACCUGAGUGGUCACAAUAUACCUGACCUUUACCCAUCAGUAUUCUUUAAGCUUCUCAGCCAUUCCUCUUCAGUGCUCAGGAGUCUUACCCUGGAGGACUGUAACAUCCAAGACACUCAUGUCAACAUGUUGAUUUUAGCCUUAAGCCCUUGUCAGAAAUUACAGGAGUUUAAGUUUCUUGGAAACCCACUGUCAUCCCAGGCACUUAAACACCUUUUCACAUUUCUCUGUGAGUUGCCAAUGCUGAAAAAUGUGGAGUUCCCAGUUCCAAGGGACUGCUACCCUAUUGGCAUCACCUACCCAAUUGAUGAUGCCAGUCUUUGCAGGUUUGAUCACCAAAAAUAUGAAAGUGUAGCAGAGGAGCUUAACCUCAUUUUACUCCAAGCAAAUAGGGAGGAUGUGAAGGCUUCAACUCCGCUCUUUGGCAGUUACGAUGCGGCUGUUCAGGAGACAAACAAUGAACUGGGAGCUUACUUGAUCAAGUCCUUCAAAGAGACUUUAGAAAAGUUCACUACUUCUCUUAACAAAAUGAGUUAAAGGUGUAACUUAGUGGUGAUGAGAUGCUCUGUCAAAUCAGAAAUUAAUUUAGUCUUUUCUAGAACUGCGCCUUCAUUGAUCAGUCUUGAGUUUUCUUUAAUUUCUCGGCUGAAUUUAAUUCUGUUUGAAUAGCCUCUGCUCAGCUGAGGUACUUUAACUAUGCUCUAUCUAUUACAUACACCUUACAUAAGCACUACUUGCUCUCAAAAGAGGGGAGGACCCUUAAUAGCUUAUUAUUUUACACAAAAGCACUUUGUUUCUUAUUAAAACAAUAGGUGUCUAAGCUUGGCUGAUUUCUUACAUAGUUUCCUCUGGAUUUGGCAGCGAGGCUUGUAGCCCUACAGAAAAGACAGGAAAGUCCUUUCCCAAGUCCGGCAGGGUGUCCCAAAGAUUGUGUACCUAUCCUUACCUAUGGGUCCCUAAACCAAUUUUUGUUUUUGCCCUUGGCCUUCCAAAUUCACCAGUCUGUUUUAUCCAGUACAUUCCCAAUAGUGGGGGUUGUAUAACAGCCUCCAUGUCCCCUUGCCUCCCUUUUUUCUGCAGAGGCAAGCACGAUAAUCCUCCUUUUGCAUGGGGAAUUACAGAGUUCGGCUAAUAUGUUGUGCUGGUGAGGAGUAAAGUUCCAUACUGAGGAGGCAGCAAACCAAAUGGUUGGCUGGCAGCAGGGGAUUUCUCCCCACUUGCCCCAACAAUACAAAGCAGCCCGUGAGGACUCUGCUGAAGCUUUUGCAAAGCGUAUUUUACAAAGGUGUACCAGGACAGUGCUGCACAGCCACGCUUGUGAUGGCAGCAGGUAAGUGCCUCAAGCUGCUCCCUUUGUUGAAUCAGCUUCUUGGCUGGUAGAAUGUACCCUGCUGCUUUCAGCUGUUUUAAAGAAAGCCUAGGACAAUGGUAAUAAUGCAAAAAAGACUAGUGUUGAAAAACGAAUUGUUGCUGAGUAACUAGAAGUUCACCUGCAGAAAAUACUGCUCACUUCUGCCAGGACUGUGUAUUGUAGCUACAGAGCUACAACCAGUGCCUGGAAGAAUCCCAUUUAUUUGGCAAGCUCCAGUGCAAGAAAUGUAUUUGAGUGACAGAGUAACCAGAAUCACAGACCCCCACACAUGUUGUGUUGGAACGUGGGUAAAGGGGCCAACAGGGUGUUCGGCUGCAGCAGUAGGGUCACAAAACAAAUCUGGGGAGACUACUAUAAUGGGGGAGGAAUCCCUGGGUAGUAGGCAAGUGUCAUAAUCUACUCAGCUUCUCACCUGUAACACUGCGGACAGACCAAAGAGAAAGAUAUUACUGAAUCUUACCUAUUGCCAGCUAAUUUAAGACCUCCGCUAACAGCUUCUGUCAACUCUACCAGAGCCCAAACUGCUCUGAUGUAGAACUAGAGACUUGGUUAGCUUCUAGGUGAUCUGAAAAAAAAAAAUGAUGCUCAGGUUAAUGCUCAGCACUCUGCCAUUAAAUAUACUUUAACAGUUCAUGAAAACUUGAUUAAACAGCACUGAAAGUGAAUGUUGUAGGAGGAGUUGAGGUAUCAUUGUAGUAUUAAAGAUCAUUAACAAAGGCAGCUUACUUGAAAUAAUACUGGAUCUCAUCAUCUGAGAGUAAGGGAGAAACUUUCUUCAUUUAGGCAGUGCUGGUUUGUGAAGUUUUCUGUUUAUCCAUAAUAAGAAUAUGCAAGCAGCUACUAUCCUAGUUUACAAAAAAAAAUUAAUGGACUGAGUACUAAGCAGAGCUUACAGGUUCCACAGCAUGCAUUUAAAUGAUUUUUUGAUGUCUUCUUAGCUUAUGUUCUUCCUUCUGACAUGUUUUACUGAUUAAACAUAUGAUGGUAAAAUUGAAAGUGAAUGGACAUGACCUGUUUAUAUUUACAGAGCACUGAAAAAAAAAUAGAAGUAAUCUAAGUUGCCAAGCCAAGCAGCUGUGAUUUAGAAAAUGCCAGAAUUGGGUUCUAUAUGGUCUUCCUUAUAUUUGGACAGCCUUUCAAAUGCUCCCUUGCUCUUGCCUCUACUCUUUACCUUUCCCUCCCUCUGACCUUGCCAUUCUUUCCGUCCUAGACUUGACCCAUGACUUCUCAGCCAGACGUAAGUGGUUUGAAUUUGGCUAGGGCAAGGAUCGACUCCUUUGGGAUGAGCAGUGGCAGUUCCUGUUGCUGGGAGAGGACAUUCCGUGUACAGUAGCUGCAAACCUUUGUAUAGUGAUUCCUCCACCCUGGCGGCAGGGCCAGCUAACGGGUUGUACCUGGAGGUGAAGGUUGACCGUUUUGGAAGCAUGUUGUGCUACAACAGCCAGCCCCUGCCUGUUUCAGUACACAUGGAAUAGGCAGCUUCUUCAUAGAUCUGCUUUUUUUUCAGAAUAUUUAAAUGCCUUAUGAAGACUGCUGCCUAUGCAGCUAAUCUCUCUGCUUUCUCCUCACCUAAAGCCAAUCCUGGUCCACCCCUUUAUUUUAUUUCCUCCUUCUUUUGCUUCCCACAAACUCCUGCCUGUCUUCCAUUUUCAGUCUUACAUCCAUAUGACGUCUAUUUUAGUUUUAGUGCCCAGUGAGGAUCAGCACUAUGUCUAUGUCAAAUAUUCCCUUUGAGCCUGCAGUAUGGCGUGCAUUGCAUUAUAGAAGUGGUGCGCACGCAUCCCUUCGUGUGGAAUAGCAGACAAACAGUUGGAGCACAUGGAUCCAUGUGCUGAAAGGAUUUGGAUCCUGUUCCUGAGAAGCCAACUGUUCUGCAGAAGCACGCGGACAUUUUCAAAGUUUUGUGAUCUUCUAAAAUGCAUUUUGAUAGGAUUGAAGCAAAAGUUUUAUUGUUUACAGUUGCAUGUUAAAAUUUUAUUGCAUGAAAUACAGUAGUAACUAAAAUGCAUGACAGGUAUAUCACUACUUUGAAUAGUAUUGAAUCUAAAAGGCUGAACUGCGAUAAAAUGCUGCUAGUAUAUGACAACAGUUUUUUACUGACACAAAACUAUAUUUACUUCAGAAAUUCUUAGGAGAAAAUGUCAUAUUUCAGGCGUGGAGAGAUUUGUACCCUUUUGGAAUGGAAUCAGGUAUUUUUUUCUCUUUUAAGUCACCCAAUUUCCAACUUUAGAGCCAACUUGUUCAAAGUUCUAUAGAACUUCAGACCAGCUGCAUGCAAUUACCUUUGCUGUGGUGUGAGGUGCUCCUUCGUGGAAAUCCUGUCCUUAGCUCUUAGAUAGCCUACCUUUGUCUCUUGAGUUUCUGUCCUAAUUUUGCUUGUUAUUGUUGGUUUUAAAUACAGGCCAAGCUGCAGCAUUUUGGUGUUGCCCUGGCUUACUGCACCAAGGGCGUGUGCCACGUCUCAGAAGGAUUCCUGCAGCUCUUCUGCCCCAGCAGUGCUGACUAUGGGUUGGGCCUGCUCGCUCUUCCUUUUUCCAUGUGUGUGGGACGUGCCAUUCUGCUAUUAGAGAAGAAGGACUAAUGCUACAACUACAUAAGCAUAUAAAGUUACCUUCUACUUUGCAAGUGCAGCCAGAUACUGAUUUAACCCUGCCUUGUGUUCCCUAUCUUUCUAAUUUGUAUCAGGCUGGAGCUAUGCAGUGGAUAGUGCCAGCUAUGGCUAUUUAAAACCAUGGACCAGAAUCAAAAUGCUCUAAGAUUUUGAAGUAAAUUUAACUUCAUUUUAUCUUUUAUUUCCAUUCUGUUACUUGCAGUUUUAUGUUGUAAGAAAUCCUAAUUUUUGAGGAUUAUCAUUAAACACAAAGUUCAGUAAGGAAAGAGGAUCCUUUUGUUACUUUUGUGGAAGCUAAAAUUCUCACAUAUUUUCAAAAGCUGAGCUAUCUUAGGCAACAAAAUAAUACAAUGCAGAACAAAAGGUGGACCAGCUGACAAUACAACCUCACUAACAAUUCCACUAGUAUUUAUGCUCAAUGAUCCCUUUUCUAAGAUUUCUCAAGUGGCAGCUACCCAGCAGUUUCAAACGCUUGUAAACAAAUACCAAUAAACACUAAGAAAGGAGAGAAAAAAAAAUACACGUCUGCCCUCUGACCAGCCUCCAUAGCGCGAUGGAAACUAGGAAGGGCUUCUAAGGUCAGCAUGGUCUUCUAGUAGACAGAGGACCUCGCUGGGCUGAGACAGUUGGAAGGGUGACAGUCUGCUGCCUUCAGAGAAACAGUCUUCCUCAGUCUCACGUGGUCUGCAAGGGAGCGUGUUGUAGUCAGACUGAGGACACUUUGCAGCGUGGUGGCCUCUAAGGUGUGCUUCUGCCAUGUGCUGGCUCUUCAGACCGUUGAACUUGCUGACUCUGUGUCCUAGAAGCCUCUGUGUCCUGCAGCUUCUUCUCUAGCCCUGGCAUAGUUAAUCUUACUGCUCCCCCUGGUUUUAGCAUUUCUGCAAACCAGACACCAAAUCUGAGAUGACAAAAAAGGUCUUAGCAGUCAGAGAUUUGUCCCUUUAAACAACAUUUGAGUUCUAUACCCCUCUACCAUCAUCCUCUCAUCCUUCCCACUGGGGACUAGCUCAUUUGAAAAUCCUGUGCAGUUAGAGUUUCAUCCAACAAGUAAAUAAUUCUUGUCACCAGGACCGCCAAGAGCAGACAACUUCUAUGCACAAUUUCUACUUUCAGCUCUAGCCAACAUGGUCAGUUCUCCUUCCUUCAGGCCGUGUGGCUUUCAUAUUCUUUCUCCUGGUUCCUCUGCAUCUGGAGUUCCUCCCGGCACCUUUCACACCCCUCAUUUUUUAAUGGAAGUGCAACAGUAGGCCUUUUGCUUUUCUCUUUAAGCCACUGCUGGUUUUUUUUUUUUUUCUGAAGUCUCUGUGCUGCCUCCUUUGCCUCCUCGCCCUCCCCUUCCCCAGCCAGGAACCCACUUAUAAAAGACUACGCGGAAUGGAACCUCCUGUGUGUCAGCCAGGCUGCUGCUUCUGCCGCUCCAAAUGUCUGGAGGGGAAUCACACUCCCCUGUUCCCCCCAUUCCGUCUUGUUCAGUAAAAUCAUCUGCAUUCCAGAGCUUGGUUGCACCUGCUUUAUUCUCCUUUUUGCUUGCUCACUUAGGAUUCUAUGGCUCUGAAGCUUCUGGCCCAUUCUCUCUAAAGGGGCAGGGAAGCGUUUGCAGUCCUAGUCAGAAGCAGCGCUGCUGUGCUCUCUUCGGUUUGUGCAAGUGCUUAUCUACUCAGCCCUGAAAGGGUGCUGUCAGGGAGCAAUGAUGCUGUAAAAUGGUCCAACAAGGCGGAGGAAGGAUGCUGAGACUGAAUGUACUGGCUGCAAGGAGUGGCUGGGGACUUGCAAGGCGCAGGCUUUCUGCAAAGACCUCGCAGAACGGAGACUUGGGCUGGGGAAUAACGAACACGGGAAGGUCAGACGUGAGGGCCAAGCCUAGCCCCUUGUUUCUAACAGAUGUCAUUAGACAGGUUGGUGAGCCGGGCAGGAAAGAGAGGGUCUGAAAAGUUCUGGUUUUGUAUUUGUAUAAUGCUUUUGUCUUCUGUGCUUGUGAAGCAAUUGAGAAGACUGAAGCUGUGGUGUCUGAUCAGGUUCUGUGUUGAUUCGUUCUUUAUGCCUCCCUAGAAAUGAGACUAAUUUGGCUACCUUGGCUUCCCUGGAAGAGGUCCUUUCCCUGCAAGUUGGAGACCUAAAUAGACAAGGCUGCUCAACCUACUUUUUGUUUGCUUGGAAGCACAAUUUGUAACAUUUAGGUUACCAACAUACAGCCAUAUUGAAAUAUUUACCAAAGAAAAAGUAUUCAAAUUGUGUGUAUGGCAUGCAUAUAUGACAAGUAUUUAUGACAUGGCAUGUAGAGAGGCAGGAAAAACUGCUUUGUAAUUUGUCAGACCUGGUGCCAUGAGGAUUACCUGGCCUGCAGGGGCAUAGAGAUUGCAACCAUACGUUCACAGCUUUCCUUAAUACGCAAGGACAUGGAGGCUUCAUCCUCUAAAUUUCUUUAUCACAGAUUACCACAAAUAACAGAGAAAGCACCACUAGCAAAUGUACUACCACAAAGAUUACCACUUGCAAGUAUGCCUAUGAUUAAUAAAGUGAAUAUAUAUUAUGUCAAGCUGUUACAAAUUAGUAUCAGCAAUCAAUAAUAUGGCACCAAUCAACAGUACAGCAAAAAUCAAUGUUAUAGCAACAACCAAGUAGGUAUAUACUAUUACAGGUUACUACAAACUUAUCAACAAUACAACAGCAGAUAUACUUAUGAUAAAUUACGUGUAUGGAUAAAUAAUACUGGUAUCAAGUGAAUUAGACUCCAGAAGGGGCCAAACAACCCCAGAGGGAAGGACAAACCAACCCCAGAGGGGGACCCAACCGUCCCAAAGGUGGGAGGACAAACCAACCCAACCCCAGAAGUGGGCGCAGAGGGACAUCAGUGAAGUGACAGACACAAAGAUUACCCACGUCACAGAGUCGGGAGCCAGCCAGGUAUCCCCAUAUCUCAUAGAAAGUUCGUGCAGAGAGUUCAACCUGUUUAGGAAAGGGAAAAGUAUGUACAGCAUGGAAAGUUCCCAGAGAGAGAUGCUCCAUUUUGGUUAAAAAUUAAGACAUUUUUAUAUCGCAGAGACAGAAGAGGGCAUAGGACUCCACCACCUUGAGCAGCCAAUAGGUGCUGCUGAUUCCUAUUUUUCACCUGGAAUAGCCAAUAGGUGACAAUGUUUUCUGUUCUUUCAGACCAGCUUUCGUUUUUCCAGACUGUUGUCCUGUUCUUGCAGUUAGAACAGCAGUUAUUCUGAUUCUCACUUUCUCAGGAUAUUUUCCCCCUUCUCCAGACUAUUUUUCACCUUUUCAGAUGAUAAAUUGCCAAUACAGUUCAUUGUUUCUUGUGCUUAUCGAUCUCAGGCUGUCUCCGGUUUCUAGGUACAUGACCGUGCUUCAAAGAUUCCGGCUACACUUUUCAAGGAUGCUUCUGGUUCACAGACCUAGUUCCCAGGCUGGCAGGCAAUUUCUUCUCUUCAGUAAUUUUCUCUUUCUAAUGAGGUCUCUUUUGUGGCUGCUCAUAUCACUUGGCCGCUUCCUCUGUGAGACAUUUGAUGGUGAAUGGAAGAGCGUGUUAAAAGGUUGAUGAAAGAAGUCCAAAUCAACAGAUACGUAAGAGAAUAGCGUGCUGCUGUUCCUUUGAUUUUCAUGACCAUGCACAGGAACAGCAUUACAUCGGGUACCAACUGUUUGUACUGUGUGUUGAAAAGAUAGAGGAGACGAGCUAAAUAGUCGUUAGGUGUCUCUACAAGUGCAGAUUUAGAUGUGGACCUGAAAACAUUAAUCUUGCAAAAUUCCUUCCCCCUCCCCAAAACAAAACAGAGAAGUGCCACAGACCUGUGUAACUACUUUGGUAAUGUAGUUUUGUGUUUACCUGGGAAUGGUGCUUCUGAAGUACAGAAUGCUCAGUUCUCACAUCAGCACAGGAAUUAAGUAUUAACUUUAAAUGCUGGUGUUGUCAACCACUACUCAAACAGGAAAAGGAAAAUUUUUCAUGAAGUUAUAACCUAUUCUGGAUAUAAACAUUCACUUUUGGUUAGCUUUAAGCAGUGCAAGUGUAGAAUGGAGGAGUGCAAUCAAAAAGCUUGCUGAUCUUCCCUAAUUUUUCUGUCCUAGCAGAAUUUUCUGAUAUAAACUGUAUCAUCAAUGGUUGUGAUGUAGUUAUGACUCUCAAGUACAGGUAUCAUCAUGUCAACUGCUCAGAGAAGGCUUGACCUGUGGAUAAAAAUGCUGAAAAAAAGCGAGUGCUAUAUCUGUUAGUGCUCCUGCUUCUGUUACUGCUCCAUUCAAAUACAAGGAUUAGUAAAUAUUAGAAAGAUUUCAUAAAGAACGAACAGAAACUUUUGAGAAAUAGCAAGGUUUAGCCUGGUCUUGAACAAUUUAGUGCCAGCAACACUGGGCACUCAAAGUGCUUGCAAAAGAAGUAAUUCUGCAAGAACUAAUCAUCUCAGACAAUAAGGUGCUAAAAAUAUCUGUGCUACAUGAUGCUAAAGCAGCACAUGACCAUUGACAAAUAUACUGUUUAAAGAAGGUCACAAGACCAGUGUGUUUGGAGAACUGCGUUGUUCUUAGGGCUACAUUGGACUAUGAAGCAUUUUGGUUUUUUCUGAGGGCUACGGAAGUUUAUUUUUGGCAGUUCCCUGUCAAUUUAUGUAAAAGUUAAUCAACCUACUUUGGUUCUCUCACAUUCACCUACUUGAAGGGUAUUGUCCAAAUAAAUCGUCAAUAGUUUUGACCUUCUCCAGCCUGUAUCUUCUAAUGGAGACAGCAGGGAAGUAGCAAAAAUCCUGUUAAGCUGCAUGAGAUAAUACUUCAAAAAAUUCUUUAGAUCAUACUAUAUAUUGUACAUUAUAUUGUGAGGUAGUCAUACUUUUUGUUAUAUUUUAAACUGUAAAGCUGAAGGUCAUAAUGAAAUUUAACUUUAUCAAAAUUGGAUUCCACCAAAGAUAACAGUGAUAUGAAACUUCAAUUUGGCAUGAUAAUGAAUAACCUAAAAAAGAGUUUGAAAGUUUUCUGUAAGUUAAUGUUCUUAUAAAGAUGCAAAGUACUGGACUGCUUGGUAAAAAUAUUACAAACUAACCCAUGCACCCCUGCUGCAAGAAGAGGAUAGAUUCCUUUAGUGUUCCUCAACCACCCGACUUUUGGAUGGGGAGUCUGCUUUAGCUUAUUGCAUUUCAGGAUGAAGUCACUAAAUAAGGCCAUUUUUAUAAUAAAGAUGUCAUCUGUGUAUCAUAGGUAUAGCAUGGGCUUGUGGGAUUUUAAAAAAUACAUAUUUAACUUCCUCUUCAAGGAACUUGGAAACUAUAUUCUGAAAGCUUGGCAUAUCUCUGCCCAUAGUCUGGAGUAAGUGUUUGUUAUUGGAAACCAUGUUUUUGUGAGUUGGAAGAAGAGAUAAGAUAUGAAAUUCAAGACAUCCCUUCCCUUCUGGAUUUUCACCAUUAAUUCAAGAAACAUCACCCGUCUGUCAAAGUGCUUCAGCUUCUAUUCCUAAAGCAAUAUUUUCCCAGAGUCUAGGGCCAGUAUCAAACAAACAAAACCCAAAUACCACCAAAACCUUACAUUUAAUGGAAAAUUCAUGGACAAUACACCCAUUUCUCUAAAAACAACUAUCCAGUUCAUACCUAAAAUGCUAUACCCUACAGACAGGCCAUUAGACAUCAAGAAACUUGCUUUGUGAAAGGAUUUCUAACAUCCAUCUCAGAAAGCUAUUGUGCACCAGAUGUUUUCAACCAACUGAACUGCAUUUUUAAAACAUCCACCAAAAUACAAUUAUUUCAGGAUGAAGAUGAAACAAAACCCCCUCACUGCACAUAUCAGAACCCUAUUUGUACAGAACAGAACCUCAUGUGACCAUCUUUGUAGGAAGUUGCUAGGAAAUUGUAGCCUAUGCUGAAUUAUUUGCAGUCCUCAAACUCCAAACAUUAUCUAACCAUAAGAAACAGGUUCUGCCUAGUAAGUCAAAAUACCACUUUUUGGCUGAGGUUAGAGGUCCCUUCCAAUCUCAACCAUUCUAUGAUUCUAAGACACUGAAGAUGAAUCUAGACUAUAAGGAAAGGUGAACCUUGCCAAAAGCCAUCCUCAAAUCCACCUCCUCCUCCCCCUUAGCAGUAACUUAUCCAUCAAUAUGGAUAUCCUUGGAUCCUGCACCUGUGAUUUUACUUUAUGUACUUACAUCAGUGCAUCACAUUUGUAGCUGAAACACAACCACCAUUCUACAGAAUUUAUUGGUAUAAUCAAUGGAUAAAAACACCCACCUAUUAAAGUUGUCAGAAAACAA